AUGUCUGUCCCUAAUGCAGGCAUCGCAGCUGCAGCCACUUCGGCUGAAGCAGAAGAUCCUAAAAGGGAAUACAGCGUCCCUUCCAACCCCGAGGAAGAAGAUGGGCCAAUCGCUCCCGACCAAUUCGAUCCAAAAUAUGAAACCACCAAAUGGGAACGCUGGUCAUACUAUUGUUACUAUGUCGGGGAUAAUGGUCUUCCUCUAUUCAAUUUUGCACCGUAUACCAUCCGACUGAGCGAUGAUGUACUCGUAGCAUGUGAGAACUGUACCCGCUGUAUACUUCGAGUUCUGUAUCUAUUAUCACACAGCAAGAGUGUAUAG